AAUUUUUUUUCGUCUGUAAUCAUCAAAUAUGAAUUUGGCAAACCUAGGGUUUAGUUUCAGACAUAUUGUUGAUUUGGUUGUCAGUAAAGUCAAUUUAGGGUUCUUUUAGCAUGGAUUAUUGAACUAUUGGCCAUAAUUACUGAAGUUGAUAUUGUCAAGCGAGAAGAAUUCUAUGUGAUUUCGAGCCUAAUAUGAUUAUAGAGUCAAAUUUGGUUGCAUUGGUGCUGCUGGAUUUUGAAUAUCUGCCCUUUUCCCUCGCUCCUUUUCUCCUUUUGUCACUCCACUAAUAACUAUACGCAUCACAGACCCCACAGUUAUUUCUUCCUCCUAAUUUGCUGGUACAAUGCCAACUUCUCCAUCAGACGCUCGGCACAAAAGGCGUAAAGCAAGGGGGCCAAAGACCAUGAAACGGCACCGUAGUGGUGAUGAGGAAGAAGAAGAUGAAGAAGAAGAGAACGAGGUUGCGGCAGAGGUAGAUGAAGACGAGGACCUCCACCCUAACCCUAAGAAUGCCCAAAAUCCCAGAAUUAGGGCAAUAUCCGGACCUGAAGUGAUCUCUGGAAGUGGCAUCCGAAUCUCGGACUUCCCUGCUGCCAUGAAGUAUGAUGUGAACAGGCCCCAUUCGCUUGUGCUAGAAAUUGCUGCUGCUGAGAGAGAAAGAGAAAUCAAGGGGCAGGGGCAGGGGCAGGGUGGAGGUGCCAUUUUGGAGAAUAUAUCGUACGGGCAGCUUCAGGCAUUGUCUGCUGUGCCAGCAGAUAACCCUGCUCUGUUGGGUUUGGGUUUGGGUUCAGGUUCAGGGGACCAAGAGAGUUCAGUUGUUAUUACCCCACCUCCCAUUAGGGAAGGUAGGGGUGUGGUUAAGAUGUUUUGGGACAGGCUUCAUGUUCUCCCCUUUCACGCAGAGUGGUUUCAACCAACAACAGUGCACAGGUUGGAACGGCAAGUGGUGCCUCAUUUUUUUUCUGGCAAGUCUGCUGAACACAAUGCUGAUAAAUAUCUGGAUUGUCGUAAUCUAAUUGUUGCCAAAUACAUGGAAAACUUGGAGAAGAGGUUAUCAAUUGGGGAUUGCCAAGAAUUGGUUGUUGGUGUUGAUCACGAAGAUCUCAGUCGAAUCUUCCGUUUCCUUGAUCAUUGGGGGAUCAUUAACUAUUGUGCUCCUUCGCCUCCUCAGGAGUCUUGGAGUUUUGAGUCGUAUUUGAGAGAGGAUUCAAAUGGCGAAGUUCAUGUGCCUUCAGUUAUGUUGAAGUCCAUUGAUAGUUUAAUCAAGUUUGACCUUCCAAAAUGUAGGUUGAAGUCUUGUGAUUUGCCCUCGUCAUUACCCUCAACUUCCCCUGAUAUUGCUGACUUGGACAGUAGAGUACGGGAGAUGUUAUCAGAAAGUAACUGUAAUUUUUGCUCUCAGCCCCUGUUAACGGCAUAUUAUCAGUCAAUUAAGGAGGGUGAUACAAUGCUGUGUUCUGAUUGCUACCAUGAAGGGAGGCUUAUUAUUGGUCAUUCAAGCAUGGAUUUCAUUAAGAUAGAUCCUUCAAAAGAAUAUGGUGAUCAAGAUGGAGAUACUUGGACUGAUCAGGAAACACUUCUACUUCUCGAGGCACUUGAAAUUUUUAAUGAUAGCUGGAAUGAAAUAGCUGAGCAUGUUGGAACUAAGUCAAAGGCACAAUGCAUUCUUCACUUUCUUCGUUUGCCCGUAGAGGAUGGCUUACUAGAAAAAGUUGAAGUUCCAUGUUCCUCUGGUCAAACUAAUGGGUCGGUUAUGGACAAUCAUGAUAGACCAUGUCUGAAUGAAAAUGGCGUUUCUUCAGGACCGCAGGAGCAUGAUUCUUCUGAAAAUAGGUUUCCAUUCGUAAAUUCUGCAAAUCCUGUCAUGGCCCUGGUUGCUUUUUUGGCUUCUGCUGUAGGUCCUAGAGUUGCUGCUGCUUGUGCUCAUGCUUCUUUGGCAGCCCUUGCAGAGGAUGAUGGAUCAUUGCAUGGUAAUAGGAUGGAUUCAGAUGAAGGUCCUGUGCAGAGAGAAUUCAGUCAGCUGAAAGACAAAUUAAAUUCAGAAGCAUCUUCAUUAUCUGCCGAGAAAGUCAAAUGUGCUGCAAAAGCUGGUCUUGCUGCUGCAACAAUGAAAGCAAAAUUGUUUGCAGACCAUGAAGAGCGGGAGAUACAGAGGCUGUCUGCUAAUAUUAUAAAUCAUCAGUUGAAGAGAUUGGAAUUGAAGCUGAAGCAAUUUGCCGAAGUGGAGACCUUAUUAAUGAAGGAAUGUGAACAAGUUGAGAAAACGAGGCAAAGGCUGGCUGGUGAAAGGGCUCGUGCUUGUACUACUAGAUUUGGAACCAGUGGAGUUCCUUCACCAAUAAAUUUGUCUGGUCAAGUUAAUAAUAAUAUCAACAGUAAACCACCAGUAGCAUCACCGUCACAGCCUGGGGUUUCUGGCUAUGCCAAUAGCCAAAUGAACCAUCCACAGAUGUCUUUUGUACCACGUCAGCAAAUGUUCUCUUUUGGGCCCCGCUUGCCGCUUUCAGCCAUACAACCUUCUUCCUCAGGGAUGCCGUCAAGUGUCAUGUUUGGUGCUCAAGGGAGUGGCCAGUCUUUGAGUCAUCAAAUGUUGCGACCUGUAACAGGGACUAGCACAGGCAUGGGUUAAUGUCAUGGCAAGAGAUGUAAUUGUUUGUAUUUGAUUUGCCUAUCAGUCAAACUUAAACAGGCUUAUUGUCCUGACAUGCUUAUGACAAUGUUUUUGGUUGGGGGUGCUUUGGUCAAGUCAGAUUUCUGCUGGGAAUCUUUGCCUUGGGAACUUUAGCUACAAUUCAACUUUGGUUAUGUGGAUUUGAUAUGCAAUUGGUUCUGUGGCAGCAAUUCUUUUAUUGUAUCUUGCAUCCUUACUCUGUUCCUCUCGCUAUUAUUUAGCUAUUAUCUUCUUCAAAGUCAAGAAGUGUGGAACUGAUUAAGAUGAAUUACACCGGAAUGCUGUGUAGUUUCUCAUCAUUCCAUUGUUGUGAGCGUGCUCAGCAAGCAAUCAAGUUUAUAAAGUUGCCAAGUAUGUAUUCGUUUGCUUUCCAAAAUCUUAUUGUGUCAAAAAAAGAUAUACUGGUGAAGUGUAGUAUCCCCCUCCCUUAAAUCUCUAGGUAAUGUUGCAUGAAUAUUUGGCGGCAUUUGUUGUGACUUGUGAUUAACUGCAAGCUAAUGGAACAUUUAACAACCUUUUGUUUUU